AUGACGGGAUCCAAUCCGGCCUACGACAUCCUGCCGCCUGUGAAAGCGGAAAAGAGGCAGCAGCGGAAGAAGAAAAAGAGAGGCGCGUUCGGCAUAUUCAAGGCGGCGCUCUACAUGCUGCGCAAGCGCCCCGACGAGAAGAAGGAGAAGAGCGGCGGCGGAGAGUGGAAGAAGAUCGUCCAUUCGAUGCGGCCGCUGCACGUGCAGGAGAUGCCGGCGUCUCCGCGGGUACACGCCUUCGGAGCGGAUUCCUCCGGCACGAUGAGCCAGUACGCGUCGGCGAAUAAUCUCCGGGAUCUGUGCAGGGAGGAUGAGGUGGAGCGGCAUCCGGAUGAGGUGUUCGAUGCAAUUGAAGGAGGUGAGAUGAUCGACACCAAGGCGGAGGAAUUCAUCGUAAAAUCGAUUCACCACCAGAACUCAAUCCAUCGCCAAGAUAAGGGAGUUUAA